AUGGCUCGUGCCUCGUUCGAAUACGACGAGGUGGGUAACACGUUCUACUAUGUGCUCGUCUCAUUUUACGCGAUUAUCCUGUUCCCAGCCACCUACUACUUGUUUCCCACCGGGAAAACUGGUGAGAAUAUCCCUAUAAAAAGCGGCUUUUUAUUCGAAAAUGGAUAUUUUCAGAAGAGCUGAAAAUAAACGAACACGAAUGCCAAUGCAGUGGAUGUGAGGGAAAGCGGAAAAGGAAGGAGGCGAAUAAGCCGUGGCGUCGGACCAAGAAGAUCAUCUCCAUCGUGGUUUCAAACUCGAUUUUGUAUUUAAAAAUAGGAAAAUGGAAAUUUUCAGGGUCUGGCCGUUGCCUGGUUGAUUUUCGCCAUGAUCGUCAAGAAGAUUACCGAAAUCGAGCCGACUCACAAGGUUUUUUUUAAGCCUUUUCUGUAGCCUUAGGUAUAAAAAAACGCAAAGAUAAUUUUUUUUUUCACUUUCUAGAAGCUUUUUAUGCACUUUUCAGCCAUUUUUCUGGCUUUUUCGAAAUUUUCAUUUUUAUUUAGAAAGACCUUUUCAAUGGAAGUACAUGUUAAAAAAAGUUUUUUUCUGAAAAUUUCUAGAAAAAGUUUUUUUCCUGUCUUUUUAAAGGAUUUUACUGGAAAAGUCCAUCUUUUAUAAAGUAAAGAAGACAAAGAUUUCCAAAAAAAUAGACGACCAAAAAAAUACGAAAAAAAUGAUUUUUUUCCACUGUUUAGGAACAUUGAAAGCUUGAAAAUUCCUUAUUAAGUUUUGAAAAAUCUUGUGAUUUUAUAAUAGUUUUUUUCCAGGACUACGACCCCUACCAAAUCCUGGGUUUGGACCAAGGCGCCGACGGGGCUCAGGUCAAAAAGGCGUACCGAGAUUUGUCAAAGGUAAAAAUCCAGGGUUUUCAGAUGGAAAAGUCAAAAAUUUCUUUGAAAAUUUUUUUAAAGGUCAUUUUUACAUAGGAAAUGGCCUCGAAUUUCAAAAUUUUCAUUUAAAACCUCGAAAAUGCACUUUUAAAGGUAAUUUUCACAUAGGAAAUGGUCUCGAAUAUGACAUUUUCAUUCAUUCUUAUCAUUCUAACCAAUUUGUCAUGGAAAAAAACUUGAAAAAUUCAGGGUUUUAAGGCGAAAAAAAUGAAAAAAAUACCUUAAAAAAAUGUGUUUUUUUAAAGGUUAUUUUUUUACAUAGGAAAUGGCCGCGAAACUCAAAAUUUUUUUAUUCAUUUUUACCAUUAUGGUUAGAUUUUUUUCACUGAAAAAAACCGGAAAAUGAACGAUUUUAAGGGGGAAAAAAAUCGAAAAAAAUGCUUUGAAAAAUGUACUUUUUAAAGGUCAUUUUUACAUAGGAAAUGGCCUCGGUUUUCAAAAUUUUCAUUCAUUUUUACAGUUCUGACCAGAUUUUUCAUUGAAAAAUGUGAAAAUGAAGGUUUUUAAAGCGAAAAAAAUCAAAAAAAUACCUCAAAAAAACAUAUUUUAACAGGUCAUUUUUUUCAUAGGAAAUGGCCUCGAAUUCGAAAAUUCUCAUUCAUUUUUUUACCAUUCUAACCAAUUUUUUAUCAAGAAAAACGUGAAAAUGAAGGUUUUUCAGCUGAAAAAAAAUCAAAAAGGAACCAAUUUUGAAUAUUUUAGGUUCACCAUCCGGACAAAGGAGGAGAUCCGCUGCUGUUCGACCGGAUCGCCAAGGCUUAUCAGGCCCUGACGGACAAGGAGGCCCGGGAAAAUUGGGAGAAAUACGGGAAUCCCGACGGGCCUACAGGUCCUUCAACUAAAUUUUUUUUUAAAUCCUUUUUUUGGCCUGAAAUUGGCUAAAAAAAGCUUUGAAUCUGGUUUUUCUCAUGAAAAAUGUCAGAUUUCUCAAUUUUCUAGUUGAAAAUGGUCAUUUUUUUGAACUUUAGACAUCAAUAAAUUCAAUAAAUCUCUUUUUUAAUUUCAGGGCUGAUUUCUAAAAAAAUUGAUUUGUAUGGCCAAAAAAUUGACUGGAAAAAUGCUUCAAACGUCGUUUUUUUCUCAUGAAAGAAUGUCAAAUUUCUCAAUUUUUUUCACUUGAAAAUGAUCUUUUUUUGAUUUUCAAGCUUCUAUAUUUUCAUUAUAUUUUCUUCAAAAAUUAUAACUUAUAGCCAAAUUUCGAUUUUUUUGAAGCUUAGACGGACUGAAAAAAAGCUUCAAACCUUGUUUUUUUCUGAUGAAAAAAAUGGUUAAAUUUCUCAAUUUUUUUCAUUUGAAAAUGGUCAUUUUUUUGAACUUUUAGACAUCAAUAAAUUCAAUAUAUCUCUUUUUAAUUUUUAGGACUGAUUUUUUUAAAUAUUGAUUUUUUUAUGGCUUAAACGAACUGAUAAAAAGCUUCAAACCUCGUUUUUCUCGUGAAAAAACGUCAAAUUUCUCAAUUUUUCACUUAAAAAUGGUCAUUUUUGAACUUUAGGCUUCAAAAUUUUCAUUAUAAUUCUCAUUAUAUUCUUCAAAUUUAGAAGUGAUUUGAAAAAAAUUGAUUUUUAGUUUUUAAACUUUAAAAACGGACUGAAAAAAGCUUCAAACCUCGUUUUUCUGAAGAAAAAGGAUCAAAUUUUUUUCAAUUUUUUUCACUGGAAAAUGGUCAUUUUUGAGCUUAAAAGUCUAAAAAAAUUCAAUAAAUCUUCUUCACUUUCAUAAAUAAUUAAGGAAUUUUGAUUUUGCAGCAACGACCUUCGGUAUCGCCUUGCCGAAAUGGCUCGUCAGCAAGGAAUACGGAAUCUGGGUCCUCGCCUUCUACGGCCUCAUUUUCAUGGUCAUCAUGCCUUCCGUUGUGGUUAGUUAAUUAUUAUUUUUUCUUGGAUCUGAAUCCUAACUGUUCGCAUUUUCAAAACGUCCUAUUUUUUACGCUUUUUAAAAAUUUUUUUUAGAAAACAUAAAUUUUCAUGAACAAUUAUUGAAUAAACCCAGAAUUUCAGCUUUGAAAAUUCGAAUAAUACCGAAAAUACUGCUUUUUUAAACAUUUCUGUACUAUUCCUAACUGUUCGUAAUGUCAAAAAGUCCGUGGAAAAAAACCUUUUUUUCGAAAUUUUCGUAUAAAAAAACAUAAUUUUCUAUGUAUAAAUUUAGUAAAACCCGGAAUUUCAGCUUUAAAUCUUCGAAAAAUUGCGAAAAUUCUACUUUUUUUGAAACCCUUCAGUACUAUUCUCAACUGUUCGCAUUUUUCAAAACGUCUUAUUUUUUUCACGCUUUUUUUUAAAAAAAUUUUCUUAAGAAAAAAAUAAUCUUUCAUGUAUAAUUAUUGAAUAAACCCGGAAUUUCAGCUUCAAAUCUGUAUGAAAUUUCAAAAAUGCGUCCUUCUAAAAAAACGUUUUUUGUAAGAUUCGUAACUGUUCGCAUUGUAAAGACGUCCCAUUUUCUUUAAAUCCACUUUAAAAUAGUUUUAAUCAUAAUGAGAAGACGUUAUUUAAAAAAAAGGAACAAAAGGCCGAUUUUUCGAAAUUUUUCUGCAGAAAAAAAUGAUUAUAUGUGCUAAAUUUCAUUGUGAACAAGAGUUCUAAGCUUCAAAUAUUCAUGAAAUUUCAAAAAUCCUGCUUUUUUGAAACUUUUUUGUACAAUUCUUAAAUGUCCGCAUUUUAGAAGCGUGCCAUUUGUUCCAAAAAUUUAGAAAAAAAUAAUUUUUUUGAUGUAGAAAUUCAAAACACCCGGGAUUCCAUGUUAAAAAUUUUUUUGAAGGAUUUUGAAACUGAUGACUUUUUUUCAAACUUUUUUUGUAAGAUUCGGAAUUUUUUUCGCGCUUUUGAAACUUCCUAUUUUUUUAGCUCUCCCGAAUUUUUUAAUAUAACUUUUUGUAUAAUUUCAGUAAAAACACGGGAUUUCAGCUUUUUGGUAAAUUUCACGCCUUUUCGAGACUUUUUUAUACGAUUUCUAGCUGUUCGUAUUUUCGAAACGUCCCAUUUUUCCCGCUUUUUUCAAAAUUUUCUUUCUAAAAAGUGAACAAAAUGUGCGUAUAAAUACGAGCUUUAAGUGUCAUAAUUUCUAAAUAUUUCUGAAAUUGGUGAGAUUUUGAAAUUUUUGUACCUUUCCGUACGGUUCGCAUUUUAAAAACGUCCCCUUUUCCUGUUUUUUUGAAAAUCUUCAGAAAAAUUGUUUUUGAGCGAAAUUCCAGUAUAAAUUUGAGUUAUAAGUUUCGAAUCUUCUGAAAAUUCUUAGAAAUUUUUUAUUUUUUUGUAACUAAUUCAUUAUUUUUUUCAGUAGAAACCCAAUUUUUCAGGGAAUCUGGUGGUACAACUCGAUAAAAUACAACGUCGACAAAGUUUUAAUGAGCACCACCCGAUUAUAUUUCCAUUUCAUCGAGAAAACCCCACGGAUGGAGAUCAAUCGUGGGUUUUUGGGUUUUAUGGGCUUUUUUUGGGAUUUUUCAGGUUCUUUUUGAGAUUUUUUAGGUUCAUUUUGGGAUUUUUUAGAUUCAUUUUGGGAUUUUUAUGUUCUUUUUGGGAUUUUUUGGGUUCUUUUUGGGAUUUUUUAGGUUAUUUUUUUUGUGAUUUUUUUAGGUUCUUUUAGGUUUUUUUAGGUCCUUGAUCUCAUAAAAACCCCAAAAAUUGUUUUUAGGCAUGAUCUACGUUCUCAGUGGCUCGAUGGAAUUCUGCAAAUCGGAAAAUAAAGAAAUCGUCGAACGGGCCAGCGAUGAGACGGAACUCCCGCGGUAAUCCCGAUUUUUUUUUUCUCGAAAGGAGUGGUCCCUUGAGGGGUUAGGACAAAAAACGGCCUCUAUAGUGGGUGAAUUCGUAUUUUUUAAAUACGAACUGGGUGUGGAAUAUUGGAAAAUGUACUAUUUUUUGGGAUGGAUUCAUAAGUUAAGCAAGGAAUUUUUUUAAAAACCAGUUGUGAUUCGAAUUUAAAAUUUUAUUUAUUUCGAAAUUUCGAAAUUAGAAACGCCAGAGCAGUCCCUAGAGAGAACAAAAUAAAGCUCUUUAUAGGGGGGAAAUCAAAAAUAGUCCCUAUAGGGGUUCAGCUUAUGAUUUUUAGCCCCUAAAGUUUUAGUGGUCCCUAUAGGGGGUUUUUUUGUUUGAAAUGUUGAAAAAUAAGUAUACAGAACACUAGGAUGCUCUUUUAGACUAACUAAAAUCACUAAAGGGGUCACUUCUGCAGAAGAAAGCCCCUAGAGUGACCACUUUUCCAAUGUAGUGCCCUCUAUAGGCGGAGGUAAGGUGCUCACUAAAAGGGAAUUUUUAAGAGGUCCUAAAGUUGCCCCUUGAGGGACCACUCUAGCUUUCCUACGUGAAUCGUUUCAUAGUGGAGCCAUUCUCCAUGCGACCACAUUUUGUAUCGAUUCUAUUUUUUUAGCCUCAUGAAAUCCCUGCCAAACCUGGCCGACAAGAGCAAAGAACGACCUCUGAGCAUGCCGUACGCUUUGAAAGCGCGGAUACUUAUGCACGCCUAUCUGUCCCGAAUUCCUCUGGAAUCUGAAGGAGGAGCCCUCGAUUUCGAUCAAAGGUUUGUACUGGGAAAUAUUUUUUUGCUCAAAAAUGUUUCGAAAAAUCGGUAAAAUGAACGUUUUUUUCCAAAAAUUUUUUUCAAGUUUUUUUCGGUUUAUUUGAGCAGUUUUCUUCAGAAAAAAAGGCGAUAAUUAUCGAAAUUUAAAAAUUUUUUUGACUUCAAAAUGCUCCAAAUAAGGGAUUGAUAGCAACACGAUUCGCAAAAAAUGCUUCAAAAUUGGCUUUUUUUUUUCUCAAAAUUUCGACUUUUUCGGUUGAAAUGAGCAGUUUUCUUCAACAGGACGGCAUUAUUUUUCGAAACCUUAAAUUUUUGAAGAGGGAAAGGUAAUUUUUGCUUCAAAAUGGUCCAAAAAUUGAAAAGAGAACAAGAAAAUUUGCAAAAAUGCCUAGAAAUGAAAGAUUUUUUUUCCUUUUUGUCAAGUUUUUCGGAUUAUUUGAGCAGUUUUCUUUAAAAGGAAGGUAUUAUUAAUCGAAAUUUCAGAGUUUUCCAAGAGAAAAAAAAAAUUUUUUUACUUCAAAAUGGUCCAAAAAAAGGAAUCGAUCGCAAUACAAUUCGCAAAAAAAUGCUUCAAAAUUGGCUUUUUUUCCUCAAAAAUUUCGCCUUUUUUUCGAUUUUGUUGAGCAGUUUUCUUCAACAGGAAGGCAUUAUUCAUCGAAAUUUUAAAUUUUUUUCAAGAGAAAAAGUUAUUUCUUGGCUUUAUACCAUUCAGAAAUAUGAAGGAAUUUCGUCAAAAAUGCUUUUAAACGAAAGUUUUUACUGAAUUUGUGACUAUUUUGGUCGAGUUGAGCGAUUUUUCUGUAGACGAAACGGCGUUUUUUUCUUAGAAAUUUCAUAGUUUUCCAAGAGAAAAAAUUAUUUUUUAUUGCUUCAAAAUGUUUCAAAAUAUGAGAAGAGAGCAAGAAAAAUUUGCAAAAAUAGACUUUUUUUCUUUUUCGGUCGAUUCUCUAUAGGAAAAAAAUUUUUUUGAUUUUUGAAGAGAAAACUUUAAUUUUUUUAUAAUUUUUUUAAGAUAUGUGAUAAUUCGAACGCUUCGUCUGAUUGAGGAGAUGAUUUCCGUCGCCCACACCUUCAUUUAUUAUACGCAGGUGAGGAUUUUAAUAGAAAAAUUUAAUGAAAUUGGUAAGUUUUUGUGAAAAUUUUGAAGAAAAACGGCGUUUUUCGAGUUUUUUUUUGACCUAAUGAAUAAAAUGACGAUAAUGAUGAUUUUUCUCGAAUUUUUUGCGAUUUUAGGUCAUUUUUUCUGGAUUUUAGGUCAGAAUCCCCGUGGACACUGUUGAGAAUCUGAUGCGCCUGCAGCCCAUGUUCGUCCAGGUUUUUUCCCCCAAAAAACCCUUCAAAAAAAAUUAUUUUCCAGGCUCUCUGGCCCAGAAACAGCCCCCUGAUGCAGUUGCCCCACAUUACGGAUUAUAAUUUGACGCAUUUGAGGAAGGUAAAAAAUAUAUUUUCAGAAAAAAUGCCUCAAAAUUGAGCUAAAAUGCCACCAAAAAGAGCCCAAAAAUCACGAAAUUUGGGUUAUUCUUGAGAAAAUUGAUGAAAUUACAAGAGGUAAAAAAAAUAUAGACGAAAAAAAUAAGUUCUAAGAAUAAAAUGCCUCGAUAUUAAGCAAGAAUGAGCUCUGAAAAAUGAUUAAAAAUUCAGCCAGAAAUGAAGAAAAAUUAGCCCAAAAAGUUAUAGAAAUUUGAAAAAAAUUCUGGACAAAUCUGAGGAAAAAUAUAAAAAAAUUUCUGAAAUUUGUAGGAAAUUUAGUUGAAUUUAUAAGUUAUAAGAUGAAAAAAAUGCCUUAAAAAUUAAGCAAGAAAAAGUCUCUGAAAAUCCUAAAAAAAUUCAGCCGGAAAUGAAGGAAAAAGAGCCCAAAAAAAUAAUAGAAAUUUAAAAAAAUUCCGGGCAAAUCUGAGGAGAAUAUAAAAAAAUUGCGAAAUUUGUAGGAAAUUUAGCUGAAUUUAUAAGUUAUAAGAUGAAAAAAAGCUUCAAAAAUCGAGCUAGAAAAAGGCUCUGAAAAUCCCGAAAAAUUCAACCAAAAUGUGAAGAAAAAAAGAGCCUAAAAAGCCUCAGAAAAACUGAUAAAAUUCCGGGCAAAACUGAGGAAAAAGAAAAAAAUUUCGAAAUCUAUUUUAUAAGUUAUAAGAUGAAAAAAAUGCUUCAAAAUCGAGCCAAAAUUAGGGAUUUUGAAGCCAGAAAACGAGAUUUUUGAGUUAAAAUUACGCCGGCUCGGAAAAUUCUUGAUAAUUCAAAAGCUCGGAACGAUAAAAAUCUGCUCCAAAAAGAGCCUAGAAAGCUCGGAAAAUUCUAAAAAUGGAGCCAGAAAUCAGAAAAUUUGAGUUUCUAUAAGAUUUCGUCUGAAAAUCGAACCAAAAAAUGAAUGGAAAAGGAAAAAAUAAGCUGAUUUUCAAGCGAAAUUCGGAUUUUUGAACCUUUUUGGUGAUUUUCUUUGAUUCGACAGCUUAUUUAUGAGUUCUAUCAGGACCCAGGCCUAAAAUUCAAUCAAAAAACCAGAUUUUCAACAAAAAACGGUUCAGAACCGCGUGUUUUCCUGCCACGACCUGGCCAAAAUGGACAACGAGAAAAGACGCGGCGUCUUGCGAUCCCUGACCGAUUCUGAAUAUCGUGACGUCAUGGUCGUCCUUUCUUCCAUGCCCAGAUUGAAUAUCGACGCCAGAGUCGUUGGUUCGUUUGAAAAAUGAGUGGAAAGAAUCGAUAAAGUUGAAAAAAAAGUGAGAAAAAAUCGAUUAAACUUGAAAAAAACGUGAUAGAAAAUUGAUAAAGCUUGGAAACAGUGACAAUGAAUCGAUAGUACUUGGAAAAAGUGAUAAAACGGAACAAAAAUAUUUUAAAAAAUCGAUGAGAUUGAAAAAAGGAGCUUCUUUCAGUUUAUCGUCUCAUUAUGUGAUUUAUGCUUAAAAAAUAGAAAAAAAAUACGCUAUGGAAUGGCUCAAAGCGGCGCGGUCGCGCUGUGGUUUCAGAGUAAAAAUCAAGCUUUAACUUUGGUAAUGUUCCAAAAUUUGCGCUCGACCUUGAGCGACUUUAUUCCUAUACUCUAGGAUGUCACUUGGCGCAAGUAGUUUUCUGUCGGAGGUUUUGAAAGCUCUGGAAUGGCUCAAAGCGGCGCGGUCGCGUUGCGGUUUCAGAGUGAAAACGAAGCUUCAACUAAGGAAAUGUUCCAAAAUUUGCGCCCGACCUUGAGCGACUUCAUUCCUAUGCUUUAGGAUGUCAUUUUGCGCAAAUAGUUUUCUGUCGGAGGUUUUGAAAAAUAAAGCCUUGAGCCCAUUUUUUAAGAUGAGGGUGUUUCUUAAAGUCGCGAAAAAAGGUCAUUUUGAGCGUUUUACAGCCAUUUUCUGACACGAAAAAAAGUUUCACCUUGAAAUUAUGUAGAAAAAUGCAUAUUUUUUUUCAAAUUUGAAAGUUUAUUUCCAGUCGAAUGCGAAGAUGAUGCUCAUGAAGUGACUGCCGGAUGUGUGGUCACCCUUAAAGUCACCUUGAAACGCUCCCGUCUCAUUGAUCCUCAGGUUUGAACUCGAAAGUUUGAGUCAAAAAGAAAAAUAAGAGACCUCGGCAUUAUUUAAAAGAUGGUAGGAACUCCAGAGUGGUCCCUAUAGGGGCAGCACUUUACCUUCCCUCUAGGGGUCACUGAAGCUCUCUAAAGUGGUCUCUGGAGGGGUUUUAGUUAGGUUUGAGUCGCUAGGGGGUCAGACCCUGAAGCCCUAUAGGGACCACUCUCCAAAGAUCCCAAAGGGAUUUCUUUAGUGAAAUUGACUUUUUUCUACACAUUUCCGAAGGCUGAGAGUGGUCUUUGAGAGGAUUUUCCACAAAUUUUUGCAGUAAAAUCCAUAAAAACCAUCAUUUUUCCAGGAAGCCGGCCUCGACGAUCAACACCGCUCAGUUUCAGAUGAAGAAAAUGAGGACGAGGAAAACUCGGAGAGUGAUGACGACGAGAAGGAUGAGAAUGCAGAGAAGGAGGCUGAUAAUAAGGUGAAAAUUGGGGGCAAUUUCAGAAAAACUUCCUCAGGAACUCAAAAUUCACGCGGUUCCCCUUAUAAAUGAAAAAAAAAGUUCAAAAUUUGGUCAAGUUACCAGGAAAAAAUUAUUUUUCCAUUAACUGUGGGGAAGAGAUGCGUUUAGGUUGCUUAAGUGGCCACUUGAAAGCUCAGAAUCAUCAGGAAAAAUUUUCAAAAAUUUUUCACUCUUUCAUUUUUCCUUUCAAUGAGUAUACUAAAAAGGGCGCCAAAUUGUCACCUUUUCGAAAAAAAAACCGUGGGAAAAUUACAAUAUACAGGGCUUUUUUGAGCGCUUCGCUUCAAGACCUGUGAGCUGAAGGUAUAGGGUAUUUUGUCCAGAAAAAAAAUUCACGUGUUUCGGCUUUCACUAGAGUCAUUAUAUAUAUAUAAAAUGCCGCGAAAUUGUCAGAUUCAAAAAAAAAUUAGAAAAAAACUACAGUAUACAGAGAUUUUUUUGCGCGCUUCGCUUCAAAACCUGUGAGAUGAAGGUAUAGGGUAUUUUGGCCAGAAAAAAAAAAAUUCACGUAUUUCGGCAUUUGAUAAAGUCAUCAUAAUUAAAAAGGUCGAGAAAUUUUCACUUAAAAAAAAACUACAGUACUACUGAGGUUUUUUGCGCUAUUCGCUUCAAGACCUGUGAUCUAGAGGUAUACGGUAUUUUGGUCAGAAUAAAAAAACGUGACAUGCUGACGCAGACUUCAAGACAAGGAAAUUUCUCAUUUUUAUAAUUUUUCAACUGAAUAUGGUUCGAAAAAGGAAGAUGGGCUAUUAUUUUUCACUUUUCAACAGUAAGAACGGACCUUUCUAUAUAAUUUUCACGAAUUUCACUUAAGCAGGCUCUCAAAAUUUUUCAAUUUUGCAGUAUGCUGGAACACCGAUUGAUUAAAAAGAAAAAAGAAGCUGAAAUUUUCAUAAAUUCCAGGUGAAACGGAAACCUUGGGAGAAGCAGAAGCCGAAAAAAGGCGCCGCCAAGAAGAAGGCCGGCAACAAGAAGCAGCAGAAGAAGAAGCCGGUCGCCGUGGCCCCCGGAAAGGAAGAAACCAAGCCGGAAGCCCCCGAAUCGCCCUCCCAAACCAAGAAAGACAAGAAGGACGAGAAGGAAAAGCCCAAAAAGGACAAGGACAGCGAUUCUGAAGGCGAGGACGACGAUGAGGCGGUUUGAAGGCUUCAGAAUACCCGGAAGACCCCCAUUUUCAGUCUUCUGGAGGCUCGGACUCGGAGAAGGACGAGAAGAAGGCCAAGGAUGAGGACAGUGAUGACGACUGGGAUGGCGGACUGGGCAAUAGCAAAAAGGUUCGGUUUCUGAAAAUUAUAGGAACGAAGAAAAUUGAGCCUCGAUUAGGUAGCAAAAAUAGCCGUGAGAAAAACAGCCACAAUAAAAUCAGUUGAAAAUUAAUUAGGACUUUUAUCUUUUUCUUUUUCUGGGCCUGAAAAAUGAUAGAAAUUCGAACAAUUAGAUAAAAUAACUGUGAAAAAAUAGCCGCGUUUAAACGGCCGAAAAAUAGCCUCAGUCUUGAGAAUAGCAAAAAAGGUCCGGUUUCUGGGGCUUGAAAAUGAUAGAAAUGAGGGAAAAUUGAGCCUCGAUUAGGUAGCAAAAUAGCCGCGGUAAAUGAGCCGUGAGAAAAACAGCCAGACGAAAAAAAUCUACUGGAUCGUACAAUAAAAACAGUUGAAAAUAGCUUUACAUAAGGACUUUUUUUGAAACUGAAUAAAAAUAACUGUGAAAAAAAUAGCCGCGUUUAAACGGCCGAAAAAAAUAGCCUUUAGCCUUGAAAAAUAGCAAAAAAAGGUUCGGUUUCUAGAGCUUGAAAAAUGAUAGAAAAAUUGAGCCUCGAUUAGGUAGCAAAAAUAGCCGCGGUAAAUGAGCCGUGAGAAAAAAACAGCCAGACGAAAAAAAUCUACUGGAUCGUACAAUAAAACUAGUUCAAAAUAGCUUUUCAACAUUUCUAUUUAAUCUAAAUGCUUAUCUUUAUACCACAUGCACCCUAUUAUUAUUACUGGAAAGACGAAAAAAUUUAAAUGAAAAAAACAGCCGCGGUAAAAUAGCAUCUGAAGAGAAAAAAUGAGAGGAACCGAAAAUUUUGUGAAAAGGUCGUGAAAAUGAGCCAAAAGAUCCGUAUUCGAAAUAUGUUACAAAAAUGGCUUCUUCAGCUUUUUCGAAUAAAACUGCAGCUCAAAAAAAGAAGGCGAAUAUUUUUAAGCUUCAAAAAAAAAGAGCCGCGAUCAAAUUUGCUUUCAAAAAUUCGCUGAAAAAUUUAAUAUUUCCGCAUUUAUCCUGGACUUUUUCUCGGCUGGGGGAAUUUCUAUAAAACACAGUCAUUUCUAAGCUCUCCUAUAUUCCAUUUCCAGAUCUCCUUCGAAGCGAAGACGAUCGAAACCCACUCGGUUCACUGUCCCUACUACCCCGCGGAGAAGUACGAAUGGUGGUGGGUCUCUCUGAUGGUCCAGGACAAGCGGACCAAGCAGCGGAUGAUGGUCAGCGCCGCCCAGCUCGUCAAGACGCUGGUUGAUGAACACACGGUCAGUUUUCCAUCCGUUUUGGUCUUUCAAAUACAUGAUUUUUGAAGGUUCUUUGUCUUUUUGUGUAGAGGAAUUUCAUAAACUAGAGAAAAACUUUGAUGAGGUGGAUUUACAUUCAUUUUAGUCCUCCAAAAACUUGAUUUUCAAAAAAUUUCUUUCGUUUUUGAGUAUUAACUUGAGUCCAAUCUUCUAGAUUAACAUAUUUUUUUAAAUCGUAUCCCACCUUUCCAAAAGAAAAAAAGAAGCCAACUUUGUUUUUCUACGCUUUGAUGACGUCAUAGAUUGAUUUUAAAACGCGUUUCGCCCAAAACUACCUCAAAAAGCUGAAAAAUGAGGGCUUUUCCGCUCGCAAGACGUCAUAAAACAGCUAAAAUUGGACGUCAAAAAAAAGUGACGUCAUAUUUAUCAUAUUCACUCUAAUGACGUCAUAAAAUGUAUCUUAGGUAUUAUUUUGAACAUUUUUAGAGUAUUAUAUCCAAAAUAAAAAAAGGCCAACUUAGUUUUUCUACGCUUUGAUGACGUCAUAGAUUGAUUUUAAAACGCGUUUCGCCCAAAACUACCUCAAAAAGCUGAAAAAUGAGGGCUUUUCCGCUCGCAAGACGUCAUAAAACAGCUAAAAUUGGACGUCAAAAAAAAGUGACGUCAUAUUUAUCAUAUUCACUCUAAUGACGUCAUAAAAUGUAUCUUAGGUAUUAUUUAAAAAAAUUUUUUUAAAUUAUUAUAUCCAAAAAGAAAAAGAAGCCAACUUAGUUUUCCUACCCUUUAAUGACGUCAUAGAUUUUUUUUAAACGCGUUUCGCUUAAAAUUAACUUGAAAAAGCUCCAAAAAUGAGGAAUUUUCCGCUCGCAAGACGUCAUAAAAUAGCUGAAAUUGGACCUCAAAAAAAAGUGACGUCAUAUUUUUCAUAUUCACUCUAAUGACGCCAUAAAAAUGUAUCUUAGGUAGUAUUUAAAAAAAUUUUUAGAAUAUUCCUUUUUUGCCAUGUUCGAAGUGAUUCCGCGAAAAUAAAAAUAGCUGUCAGACUUAGGAAUUCCAGAGUGGUCCCUAUAGAGAUAAGAGGGAAAAAAAACCCCUAUAGGGGUCGGAAAAGUGGUCGCUAUAGAGGUUUAUGGUCUGACCCUUAGCCCCCAAGUGGACCCUAUAGAGGUCUUUUAAUCUCAUUCAAAAAGUGCUUAAUCAUUAGUUUUUUCCGUGGGAAUACUUCUUGGCUUAUUAAAAAUAACAUUUCCCCUAUAGGGACCACUUUUGCAAGCUUUAGUGGCCCCUAUAGGGUUUAGUAAAGAUCUCCCUCCAAGGGUCCCUAAAGGGACCACUCUCGAUUUAAUAAGGAGAGUCAGAGAUUCUUCAUUUUUUCAAAUCUGAUUUCAUUGAUCCCCUUUAGAUCGAUUUGCGAUUCGGCGCCCCCAAGGACAAGGGAAUUUAUCACUAUCAAUUGGCCGUCAAAUCCGACUCUUAUAUGGAUGCUGAGUACACGUUGGACGUCAAGGUUUGUUUUAUUUUCAGAAUUUCAAAGUAAAUUUAUUGAUUUUUCUCCAGUUGGACGUCAAGGAAUCGAAAGUGUUGGAAGUGAAACACGAGGAUUACUUGGACGACGAGGAGGACAAGGUAUGCAAAGUUGAAGUGACCUCUUAAGCGAAAUUUGUAGUGCUCACUUGAGAGGAAAUUCAAGUGCAAGUACUCUAAAGAACAGCCAAAUGAAUAAUAUUCAAGGAAAAACAGUUAUUUUCACUUUGAAGAGGUCCUCAAAGGUCUAGGGACUUUUAAAGUGGCCACUUGAGGUGUAGGAAUCUUGGAGUGCUCACUUAAGGGAUUCCCGAAAAAGAAAAACGAAGAAAUAAGCGAAAAAUCAAAAAUUUUCUCUCUGCUUGAGAAUGACGUCAUUUUUUUUUUUUUUGAAGUGAUCACUUGAGAUGUAGGAAUCUUGAAGUGCUCACUUAAGGGGCAUUAAAAGCGUAAAAAUGAGCACUAACUCAGAAAUUUCUCUCUGCUUGAGAAUGACGUCAUUUUUUUGUUGAAGUGAUCACUUGAGAUGUAGGAAUCUUGAAGUGCUCACUUAAGGGGCAUUAAAAGCGUAAAAAUGAGCACUAACUCAGAAAUUUCUCUCUGCUUGAGAAUGACGUCAUUUUUUUUUUUGAAGUGAUCACUUGAGAUGUAGGAAUCUUGAAGUGCUCACUUAAGGGGCAUUAAAAGCGUAAAAAUGAGCACUAACUCAGAAAUUUCUCUCUGCUUGAGAAUGACGUCAUUUUUUUUUUUGAAGUGAUCACUUGAGAUGUAGGAAUCUUGAAGUGCUUACUUAAGGGGUAAAUCCUUGAUUAUUGAAAUAAGUGACUCAGAAACUAUACCCUACUCAAGAAUGUCGUCAAGGUUUUUUUUAAAGUGACCACUUGAGGUGUAGGAACCUUGAAGUGUUCACUUAAGGGGCAAACCAUAAGACUCGGAAAAAAAAAUGAAAAAAAAGACGCCAUAAAUCAGGAAUUUAUUUUGCUUCUCAAGAAUGACGUCAACAUGUUCUGAAAAAGAAAUGACGCCACGGUUUUUUUUGCUAGAGUGACGUCAUGAGAAACUUCAAAAAUUGAAUUUCUUUGAAAAUUUUUCUGAUAAAUUUGGUCACUUAAGUGCUCCCUUGAAGGUGGCCAAAAAUUUUUAUCAUCAUAAGUAAUCAUUUAAGAAGUGACUGAAAAAAAACUUUGGUAUUUUCUUGUGAUCCCAUUGAAUGAGCCCACUUAAGGUCCCAUUUUCAUCAAAAUACUCUUAAGAGACCACUUGGACUUUUUUCUUUGGACUCCUUACCCCUGAAAAAACGUCAUUCAUAAAAGCUUUCUGAACUCUUUAAAGACGCAGGGGCGUGGCCUAGAUAUUUUCACUAUGCACCUUUAAAAAAUCUUUUUUCAGUCGGAAGGAACCAGCGAAGAAGAAUACACGGAAGGAUCGGAUUCUGACGAGGAAUAA